AUGCUGCAAUAUGUCCUUACAGCUAUACCAUCCUACAUGAUGUCUUGUUUCGAGCUCCCUCUCAGCCUCUGCAAAAGAAUACAAUCAGCUUUAACUCGAUUUUGGUGGGACUCUUCUAGUGAGAAAAGAAGUAUGUGUUUGGUUUCAUGGGACAACUUGGCAAAACCUAAGGUGUUGGGAGGUCUGGGACUACGAGACAUCCAACUCUUCAACCAAGCUCUACUCGCAAAGCUAGCUUGGAGAAUCAUAACAGUUCCAUACUGCCUCCUAGCCAGAGUCCUAAAGGGUAAAUAUUGCCAUAAAGAGAGUUUCCUAAAUGUGAAUUUACCCUCUACUUGUUCCCACGGGUGGAGAGGGAUUCUACAUGGUCGAAAUCUCCUACGAGACAAUAUUGGGAAUGGCUAUAGGAAAUGGUCAGACCACAAGCGUCUGAAAAGAUUCUUGGAUCUCCCUUGA